UAAACGAAAAUGUGUUACCAGACAAUUGUCUUAAGGCAAGUAGAUCACCCAAGACCUCUGUUGCACUCAAUUUUGCAAGAAUAUUCUACGUGGAUCAAAAUAUGGCGGAUAAUUGGGUUUCCUGCUCGGCUAAUAGUGCUCUACCUCCUUACACCAUUAGCGGCGGCUAUGACUCGGAUGGUACACCCAUUUUUGUGGGACGUGCAGAACAUGAAGGUGAACUAUUAGCUGCCAAAGUUGUACCCAGUAAGGGAUGUGCCUAUGUGGCUUGGGGUGGUGCCGAACAUGUCAAGUAUCAAUACGAACUGCUGACUGGCACCACUUAUGGCUGGAUGCCCUGCGAACAUGGUGGUGUUCCUCCAACUUCUGUGCUCACUGGUUACGAUAGUCAAGGUCAACCCUUGUAUAUAGGCCGCGCGUAUCACAAUGGCAGCUUGUCGGUGGGCAAAGUACAUUCCUCACAUGGUUGUUUGUAUAUACCCUAUGGUGGCCAAGAAAUCAGACUCAGCCAAUAUGAGGUAUUAGUGCGUGCUCCCGUGGACAACUGGUUGCCUGUCAAUUUGGAAUAUCCCCCACCUGGCUCCGUGGUGGCUGGUCACGACAGUGAUGGCUGUACCAUUUAUGUAGGCCGAGCGGAACACAAUGGGCUAAAGCUGCCUUGCAAAUUUCUACCAGAUCGCCAUGAAGCCUAUGUAGCUCAUGAGGGCUCAGAAAUUUCUAAAUAUGCUGUUGAAGUUUUGGUGGGACACAACUACACUUGGCAGCAAGUGCAUGAAGGCUUUAUACCGCCAAAUGCUGUCUCCACUGGUGAUUCCCACAGCGGUGAACCUAUGUAUGUGGGUCGUGCCAAUCACAAUGGAAGUUUAACGCCAGGCUUAAUAAUGGCGGAGAACAAUUGUCUACUGGUUCCCUAUGGCGGACGGGAAGUUUGUGUUGGCAAUUAUGAGGUGCUGGUCAGAAACAACUGAAAAUCAACUUUAGUAAAUAAAUUAGGUCAAGAAAUAUUACCAGUAUUGUAGCAUAAUAAAUUCUCCAAAAAUUUUAAA